UAACCAAAAAAGCCCAGAUUGGAAGGAAAACCCAUAAAAUACUCGUCAUCUUCCUCAAGUAAAAAGUAAAGCCCACUCAGAAAAAACCCAAGGCCCACUAAAAUCAGCUGAUCCGAACGAAAAAAAAAACUCGAAGGAAAAAAAAUCGCUUAAAAAAAAAACCAAAAACUUUUUUAACGAGCGAAAACGAAAAAAAGUUACACAAAGGUGUAAGGACUCUUAAUAGAGAGGGACUCGACAACGUGCUCAUGGCUUGCAUUUUACAGGGAUGUGUCGUAUUUUGGGGUAAUUCGUGUCGUUUUGAUUGAGGACAACGACGUUGAGGAAGGGCUCGAAGCUUGAAAACCCUAGGAGAGAGAGAUAGAGAGGUAACGAGAGUGUAAAAAAGAGCGGGAACAUUCAGGUGCUCCUCGGUGCUGUGCCCUAGUUCCCAAUUGCACGACUCCGUACCCCAAUUCAGUAAAUGCUGAGGUUGAUUCCAUGGGAGGUGUUGUUGAUGGUGGAGUUGGGAUUGGUGUCAAGACCUCUCCGCGCAGAGUAGCUAUUGAGAAGGCUCAAGCAGAGCUUAGGCAGGAGUAUGAUGUUCGCGAGGAAAGAAGAAGAGAACUGGAGUUCCUUGAGAAAGGUGGAAAUCCUUUGGAUUUCAAAUUUGGCAAUGCAGCUUCAGUUAGUGUCCAGUCUACAUCUCUUACUGAUCAGCAAGCAGAACAUUUUGCUAUCAGUGAAGCGAAGGGCAGUUUUGGAUUGACUGCCUCACCUCAUGGUGAUUCUGUAGAAAGUAGUGGUAGACCAGGGAUCCCUGCAGUUUGUGAACCCAAUAGUGCUGAUAAUCUCUUACUUUUUCAUGGUGAAAAUGAGUUGCCUGAAGGUGAAAGGAAAUCAAUGCAUCCUCGUAAGAAGCAUACUGUUGUUCCAUCAGAGCAGUCUUCUCAGAUGGGUCGGACUCAAAAUGUCAAGGAAUCAGAAGAUUCUGCUAUCUUCCGCCCAUAUGCUCGAAGGAACCGGUCAAAAUUAAAUCGAGAUGCAGCACGAUCAAGUUCAACAGAGAUGGGUCAGGGUCGAGGUGGUCAUGGCCCUUCUUUACCUGCUCGUGUAUCAUCAAAGGAUGAGAAGGUUUUGACAAAUAACCAAAAAGACAAGAAUAUACCUUCUGUUAAUACCGCAAAAUCUGCAACUUCAAAUGGUGAUUUGGCUUCAAAGGUGAUCACUUCUGGUAAUCUGUUGAAUAUGGAGCUAGAUGGUGGGCGGGCUGCCGAAGCAACGACUGACCAGUCAAAAGGUGAUCUACCCAAAAGCAAGGUUGAUGCUACAGUACCUAAUGAACCUGUUCAAGUGGAUGUUCACAAAUCUGCGGUUAAUUUGGCUUCUGAGGAACCUGAUCUUGUUGGAGGAAAAGAGCAGGCAAUUUCAACUGGUUUUGAAUGUCCAGCUGAUUCAGGUGCAAACAAAGCUGAAAAUGAAACUAUUUCUAAUAAGUUAAAUGGGUUUGGUGACGCCAAAAGAGAUGGGAAAAACAUACGAGCUGAAGGGCAAAAUAGCAGUGCUGCAAGAGGGGUGAAGGGAUUAGAUUCUGAGUCCUCUUGCACUGAAAACAGCUUAAGCUUAGAUGUAAAUAAUGAUAAUGAUGCAUGUAUUAAUCCAAAAAAUGUUGAUUCUAAUGGAAAGCCCAUGGAACAAACAUCAGAAAAAGAGGAGUCGCUAAACUUAGCUGUUGGUGAAUUGGCAAAAGAAAAGAAUGAGAUCGCGGCUGUUGAUAAUGUUGCUAUCAUUUGUGAUGCCCAAACUUCCAUGACCCAAAACCACUCUCUUACCGAUUCUAUUGUCAAAGUGGAGGAAGAGAUUAGAUCUGAAUUACAAAAUGAAGUGAGUUGCCCUUCCAACAAAGAGGAGCAACAAAGCAGUCCCCCUGUAUCAGAAGCUGAUAGGAAAACUAAUACGGUGCUGGGUGGUAAUUCUAACUCCAAAAACGAAAACAUUUGUGCUAGUGGGCCAUUGGGCACCAUGGGUAACUUUAUUUGCGAGAUUCCUGAGAGGACUUUGUUAGGAAGAAGCUCGACGGCUAAUACUGAUGUUCAGACUAAUUUGGAUGAUCAUGUAAAAGUGGUGGACAAGGCGCAUGAAGAUUCAAUCCUGGAAGAGGCUCGGAUUAUAGAGGCUAAGCGGAAAAGGAUUGCAGAGCUAUCUGUUGGCGCUUUACCCUUGGAGAACCGCCGGAAAUCUCACUGGGACUUUGUGCUUGAGGAAAUGGCAUGGUUGGCAAAUGAUUUUGCUCAGGAGCGUCUCUGGAAGAUGACUGCUGCGACUCAAUUGUGUCGACGUGCUGCUUUUACUUCACGGCUGAAAUAUGAAGAACAAAAUCAGUUCUGGAAACUCAAAAGAGUAGCUCUAACCAUUGCUAAUGCUGUCAUGGAGUUUUGGCAUUCGGCAGAGUUGCUUCGAAAUAGUAAGGAUAGAAGUCUUGGUCCAAACAACUGUGGUCAUGAUUUGGUGGGGUCAAGGGCCAAUGAAGUUACUGAGAACAAGAAUGCAGAACUGGAUAUGGAUAUCCAUAAGGAGCAGCAGGAGCACCGUGGAAAGAACAAUGAGUUUGCUAUUCAGGCAUAUGCUGUUAGAUUUUUGAAAUAUAACAGCUCCCCUGUCCCAACACUUCAAGCUGAAGCACCAGCAACUCCUGACAGGAUAUCUGACUCUGGCAUUACAGACAUUUCUUGGAAUGAACACCUAACAGAAGAAAGCCUCUUCUAUUCAGUUCCUUCAGGUGCUAUGGAAACCUACCGGAGAUCUAUUGAAUCUUAUUUGGUACAGACUGAGAAAACUGGGAGUAGUGCACAAGAGGAAGUUGAAACAUCCGCUUAUGAUGAUGGAGCAGAGUUUGGAUAUGAUGACUUUGUUUAUGACGAGGAUGAAGGAGAAACAAGUACAUAUUAUUUGCCCGGAGCCUUCGAAGGUAGAAAAUCAUCAAAACUAAACAGGAAGAAGCGGAAGAACCCUAUGAAAUCAUAUCCUGCAAGACCCUAUGAAAUGGAUGCUGAUUUGCCAUAUGGAAGCUGUGCUCAGCAGUCCGUGUUGAUUGGAAAAAGGCCAGGUAGUAGUCUAAAUGUUGGUCCAAUUCCAACAAAACGUGUGCGCACUGGUUCCAGACAGAGGGUUAUAAGUCCUUUUGGCAGUGCUGCUGCUGCUGGGGGCUUACAGGCUCCAAUGAAAACAGAUGCUUCUAGUGGAGAUACUAAUUCUUUUCAGGAUGAUCAGAGUACUUUGCAUGGAGGAUUCCAGAUGCAGAAAAGCAAUGAGGUUGAAUCAAUCGGGGAUUUUGAAAGGCAGCUACCAUAUGAUUGUGCAGAAACACCAACAAAACCUAAAAAGAAGAAAAAGGGCAAGAAUCUUUGUACUGCAUAUGAUCAGGGUUGGCAGCUGGAAUCUACUGUUCACAGUGAACAGCGAGAUUAUUCCAAAAAGAGAUCAGAGAGUCAUCAUUUUGAUUCUAAUGGAUCCAGUGUUUUAUAUGGGCAACAGAAUGCCAAGAAGUUGAAGCUAAUGAAGCAACAGCCAGAUAAUGCCUUUGACAUCAAUCCUAGUGGAUCCAUCCCUUCACCAGUAGGGUCACAAAUGAGUAAUAUGUCCAACCCCAACAAAAUCAUUAGAUUAAUUCAUGGUCGUGAUAGAGGUAGAAAAGCCAAAACACCUAAGAUGUCUGCUGGCGAGCCUGGUUCUGGUUGUCCCUGGUCGCUAUUUGAAGAUCAGGCACUUGUUGUCCUAGUACACGACAUGGGUCCAAAUUGGGAGCUUAUAAGUGAUGCCAUUAACAGUACCCUUCAGUUUAAGUGCAUAUUCCGCAAGCCUAAAGAAUGCAAGGAACGGCAUAAAAUCUUAAUGGAUAGAAGUGGAGAUGGAGCUGACAGUGCUGAUGAUUCAGGAUCUUCUCAGCCAUAUCCAUCCACAUUGCCUGGCAUUCCCAAGGGAAGUGCGAGACAGUUGUUUCAACGUUUGCAAGGACCAAUGGAAGAGGAUACUCUGAAGUCUCAUUUUGAGAAAAUUAUACAUAUUGGCAAGAAACAGCACUACCGGCGGAAUCAGCAUGAUAACCAGGAUCCGAAGCAGAUAGUGCCAGUCCACAACUCUCAUGUUAUUGCUCUUUCCCAAGUCUGCCCCAAUAACCUAAAUGGAGGGGUUCUAACGCCUCUUGAUCUUUGUGAUGCCACUGCAUCAAGCCAAGAUGUUCUACCCCUUGGAUAUCAGGCUUCUAAUACCAGUGGUUUAGCAAUAUCAAAUCAAGGAGCUGCAGGAUCAAUGCUUCCUUCCUCUGCAGCGAAUUCUUCACUACAGGGAUCUUCCGGCAUGGUUCUUGGCAGUAAUUUAGCAUCACUGUCUACACCACUCAAUUCAUCUGUGAGGGAUGGUAGACAUGGUGUUCCGAGAACAUCUUUGCCAGCUGAUGAGCAGCAUAGAAUGCAACAAUAUAAUCAAAUGUUAUCUGGCAGGAAUGUUCAGCAGUCCAACUUGUCUCUCCCUGGGGCUGUUUCUGGAUCAGAUCGAAUGGUUCGUGUACUAAGUGGGAAUAAUUUGGGAAUGAUGUGUGGGAUAAAUAGAAGCAUGCCAAUUUCAAGGCCUGGCUUCCAAGGAAUGACAUCAUCAGCAAUGCUGAAUUCUGGCAGCAUGCUUUCCUCCAAUUUGGUAGGUGGAAUGCAAAACCCUGUCAAUAUGCACUCUGGACCAGGUUCUGGUCAAGGAAACUCAAUGUUAAGACCUCGUGAUACCAAGCACAUGAUGCGACCUGGCCACGGUCCAGAGCUCCAAAUGCAGGCUCAAGGGAAUGGCCAGGGAAUUUCUGCUUUCAAUGGGCUGAAUUCUGCUUACCCUAAUCAAUCUACUGCACCAUCUGUUCAGUCAUAUCCUGGUCAUCCCCAGCAGCAGCAACAAAUGCCUCAGCAGCAGUCCCAUGCACUGAGCAAUUCUCAUCAUCCUCAACAUCAGGGUUCCAAUCAUGCUUCCGGGCCGCAGCAACAAGCAUAUGCCAUGCGCCUCGCUAAAGAAAGGCAAAUGCAGCAGCAGCGUCUUAUGCAGCAACAGCAGCCCCAGCAACAGCAGCAAAAACAGUUCACUGCAUCUAGCACUUUGCUGUCACAUGUCCAGCCUCAGACCCAACUUCCCAUAUCCUCUUCUCUUCAGAAUAGUUCCCAGAUUCAAUCUCAAGCAUCAACUCAACCAGUGUCACUCCCCCCUCCAUCUUCACCAAUGACUCCUAUGUCAUCACAGCACCAACAGAAACACCACUUGGCCCCUCAUGGACUUGGUAGGAGUCCCCAAACUGGUGCUAGUGGAUUGAACAAUCAGAUAGGCAAGCAACGGCAGCGGCAACCCCAGCAACAGCAGCAGCAGUUUCAACAGUCUGGCAGGCACCAUCCUCAGCAACGACAACAACCUCAGUCCCAACAGCAAACUAAACUUUUGAAGGGAGUAGGAAGAGGGAACAUGCUGGUGCAUCAGAACCUUUCCGCUGACCCUGCUCAUCUGAAUGGCCUCAGCAUGGCCCCUAGCAACCAAGCUGCUGAGAAAGGAGAGCAGAUCAUGCACUUGAUGCAAGGUCAGGGCUUGUAUCCCGGGCCUGGUACAAGCCCUGUCCAACAAUCUAAACCUCUAGUUUCCCAGCCACAGAAAAAGCUAUUUUCUGGAGCAACGUCCCCUUCUACAAAGCAACCCCAGCAGAUGGCUUCCCAUUCAGAUAAUAGUUCUCAAGGUCAAGUUUCCACGGUACCUUCUGGUCAUAUACCAUCAGCUGGGAAUCAAUGUGUCUUGCCAGCCUCUGUGGGUCCAAACCACCAGCAUUUGCAGCUACAGUCACAGCCACACCAAAAGAAGGUUAAUCAAAACCAAUCUACUGUUCAAAGGGUGCUUCAACAGAAUCGACAAGUGAAUUCGGAUCCUCUCAGCAAACCUCAGGCUGAGCCAGCUCAAGCUGACCAACAGCCCAUGAAUAAUGCUUUGCAGAUGGGUACAACCACAACUGCAGCAGUGUCCGAAGUUGGCAUUGAUUCAGCUAACAACACAGUGCAAAAUGUUUCUUCUGCUGGUUCUCAGUGGAAAUCAUCAGAUCCAGUGUAUAAUCCUGGUAUGCCAACUGUGGCCACUCAAGUGGGAUCCAUAGGGAGCCCCCCUCUUACAAAUUCAGCUGCUAGUGUUCCAGUACCUUCUGUCAGCCAAGUGUUAGGGCAGAGACAAUUACCAGGUGGCUUACCACUUCAUGGGAGCAAGGCUGGGGCACAGCUGCCACAACUUCCACAAAUACAACAAUCUUCAACACCGGCCCCAUCUCAACAACACUACCAGCCACAAGAGCAAUUACAGCAAGACCUGCAUAAUUCACCCCCACAACAGCUGCCAUUGCAGCAACAGUCACAACAGCAAACUCCACAUCUACAAGCAGUACAAGGCAGCUUGUAUCACAGGCCUUCCAAUUCUAAGCCAGAAUGAAGCAAUCCUAUGGACGGAACAGUUCCAACAGCAAAGGGUUAUGCUAGGCUGGGUUUGGAUGUCCUCGUAACAGCAAUGUACAGAUAAAGCUGGUUAUUCUACGGGGGCAUUGCAAUGCGGAAAGAGGUGGUUUCUAUUUGCAGGUUAGAAAUUCACAGAAAGAAUGGACCUUUUCUCUUUCUGUUUUUACUUCUUCUUGGGUUUUUGGGAGAUUUUAUGUAUAUUACCAGUGGUCUAGACGAGAGCAUUGGGAAGAUGGGGACGGAAUAUAGAGGCAUUUUGUACAUAAUAGGUCACAUCUUCGAUUUCUUGUACUUCCUUGCCCUCCCAUUCCUUUCAUGGUGUCCCUGCUCGUAUGCAGAGGGGAGGGGAAGUCUUAUUUCAUUUUACCCCCAGUAGAUCAGUGCCAUGUAUUAUUUACCCUUUCCAGAUCAAGUGGGUAGCAAUGAAUGAUUGUUAUGGGCAAAAAAGCCUUCGGAAAUUUUGUGAAUAUAUAAUAUAAGGUUUGUUUCUGGUGCGCACUUGUUGGUGUAAGUAUCCAGAUUAUGAUGGGCGUUUGUGACUGCCAUUUCAUGGCCACUCAAAUGAAUUAUUGCUGUAAUUUGUGUACCACUCCUCAAAUUCUCAUAAUGCAACAACCACCCUUUAAUUGCUCAUCUUUUCCAUUUCUUGAUGUGUCUAUUAAUUGAAUCACGAAUCAUUGAACGUUCACUGAUGCUUUGGGUUUCUCGCAUUAGUUAUUCAGAUGUGUUCAACAUCAAAUUUAUUGUCUUGCCUAUCUCCACAUACACCCAAACAUGUCUUGGUUCAAAGCUUGAUGUUUUCCAACGUUACUGGAAUUGGUUCAAAGCUUGAUGUUUUCCAACGUUACUGGAAUGUGAACAAUGUCGAAGCUCUGAUCAUGGACAGGAAAUACGCUUCAAGGCUCUUGUAUUACAAGACAAAAUCAGACAGUAGCAUAUUCUGUAACAGUGUCGCCGAACUUUUAAAUGAAGAUGCAAUAAAAAAUACAGCAGGGAUGUAAUACAACACGGCAAUCCCUAUCUUUACAUAAUCAUUCAAAAAAUAAUGGCUAGGGUUGAUCCAUCGAGCACAAAGAAGUCACUCGUAUAUACCAGCAGUCAUUUUACACUAGCACAGCUAAACCACCGACUCAAAGUAAGGUUCCAACUUUUCAAAAUGUUAAAACACUAAUACAAACAAGUGCGAAGUACAACGUGAAUAAUUCCGGGAACAUCAUACAUUCUUCCCGUAAGAUAUAUACAUAUAUAUAUAAACAGUUGCCCUGCAAAAAUCUUGAUUGUAUGAAACCCGAACCUGCUCUGAGAUUCUUCAGGAACCCAAUUUUUGAUCCACCUUGUUUGAGCCGAAACUCGCUGAGAUCACAUCCACAAAUUUCUUAUUUGCAUCCAAUAUCAUCUCAAUCCUUGUGUUCUCCAUUUCCAUUCUUAAUCUUUCAGUUUCUCGCAUCAUUUCCAUCCUUUUCCUUUCUACCCACAUUAGCUUCUCAUCAAAUCUCCUUAUUUCCACUGCUAGUGCCAUUUCCUUGUUCUCCUCCUCCAUUGCCACAACUGCCACGUCAUUAUCCCCAUCCUCUUCCCCUCUAAUCCUUUCCUUCCCCCCCGCUUAAGAAUCCAGAAAACCGGUUCACAGCACUCGGCCGUCGCAAUAUAUUGUUAAUACUGCGGCUUUUACUGAACUGGUUGUUUUCUUCUUCAUCAUCAUAAUAAUAAUCUUCUUGUUCCUCCUCGACCACGUAGUUGCUAUAGUAAUUAUUCCCAGCUUCAUGUCCAUUUUCGGAAUAGCAAUUUAGCCCUCUGGUAGGAACCAAGGAAGCCAACGGUCGAGCCGAGAUAGGUCGUAAUAAGGCCAAUGGGCUCCCGAAGCGAGACCUUGGCGUUCGGAGCGGUAACGACAGCGGAGCUUCUCCAUCUUGUGACGGCACUGGAGAGCGGUUUUGGCGGGUGAAUCGUCUAAGUGGCCGCAGCGUACAGCGACGGUUACAACUACUUCUUGCCACUGCCAGGCUUUGAGUUUGCUGCGUUGGAGAGAAUACCAUUUUUCUUGGUAGGCUUGGAUUAGGUUGAGAGUUUCUUGGUGUGUCCAUGGAAGGGGUUGGGACUUUUUUCCGGGUGUUGGGUCGGCCACCGGAGAUAUAUUUGACAUUUUAGGGGGAAGAUUUGGAUUCCUAAACCUCAAAUUUUGGAGAAGAGGGUGGCGGUGUAGAGUGGGUCGGUUAUAUUUUAGUUUUUCCUUUUUUUACGUUGUAAUUGAGGGCCAAUUUCUUUGCCUAGCCAAUAAGAUUUAUUACAUUAUUAUUUAUAAGCUUGCUUUAAUCUUGUUUUAUUUUUGAAA